UGACAGGUUGCCCACCCCAACCACCGCCCUGCUUCACGGUUGACAGACCGAGGAGUGGAAGCGGUCGGAGGCUUUUACGCCUGUGGCGUGCCGGAAAGUAUGUUUUAUACAUGUAUAAAAGUGGCUACUUUCCAUGAUAAAUGAAAAUGGCCAAUUCUUUAAGAGGAGAAGUACUGAAUCUUUAUAAAAAUCUGCUGUAUCUUGGACGAGACUAUCCAAAAGGAGCAGAUUAUUUUAAAAGACGUCUGAAGAGUGUUUUCCUUAAAAACAAAGAUGUGAAGGACCCAGAGAAGAUCAAAGAACUUAUUGGACGGGGAGAAUUUGUAAUGAAAGAGCUAGAAGCCUUAUACUUCCUUAGGAAAUACAGAGCUAUGAAACAACGCUAUUAUUCAGAUAACAACAAAACUAACUGAUCGUUAUUACCAUAUAAUUUGAAAAUCAGCACCAGCUGUUUAUGUCUACCAAAUAUUAUAAAAAUAAUUCUAACUUAAAAGGGCAAGAUAUAUAUGUCAUGUAAAAAAUACCUGAGCUGCCUUCUAUAAGCUUCAGAUUCUCUUCAGAGAGCUUUAUCAGCAACCCUUUAUGCUCAAUUUUUAUACUAAAAUUGCAAUUUAGCUACAAAAUAUUGCCAACUAACACCUAUAAAUUAAUGAGCACCCAAUUUUGAAUGAAAAUAUAAUAUACUUAAAAUAGAUUUUUUAACUUAUAGGUUUUCGCCAAUUAUUCUUAGCCCAUUUCUCCAUUUUAUUGAGAAGAGAAUGCCAUUUAAUGGACAUUUAACUAAGCAAAAUAAUUUUUUGCACAUUUAUUACCCUUAACUUUGGAAGGAGUACCUUAUUUUUGACCCCAUUUGGUACAUUAGCAGCAUGUUUUCAAAGUUCACUACAAAACAAAUAGCACCUGGUAAUGAUUUAAGUACAGUUAUAGAAAUAAUAUGUAUAGAGUAAGAUUACAUCUGGAAAUAGCCUGCCAAUGACUGGCAUUACAUACAUACCUAUUUAAUUAUUUACAUUAUUAAUUUUGCUGCUGGCUUCCUUUGGGUCUUAAAACAGAUCACCUGCUGUGUAUCAAUUACCUUCUUUGAUAAAAAGUAAUAAAUAAUGUUAAUCUA